AGCAUUCGGUACUAUUUUUGUUUGCUCUUCACCUAUACAUCUGCAUGCGUCAUCUCCUCUAGCGAAAAUAAAAGAGUGUUGAAGGAAUUGGAAGACAGGCUUUUACUCGAGUUGUCCACGCAGACGGGUAACAUCUUGGACAAUUGGGAGUUGAUUGCGACUCUAGAGGACACUAAAGCAAAAGCUGUCGAUGUCUUCCGUCAAUUGACGCAGGCUGAAGUCAUCUCGAAAGACGUAGAACGACAACGUGAUGGUUACCGCCCAGCAGCCAGGUUCGUUGGCAAAGCUUAA